AUGGCAAGUUCAGUGCCUAAGAACUACCAGCACAUCUUGGCCUUAGCAUUUGCUGUCAAAGAGAUAAAUGAGAACCUCAAAAUCUUACCCAAUAUCUCACUGGGAUUCCAUAUCCUCAAUAGCUACUACGCUGCAAAGAGGACCUCUAAGGCUAUCCUCAGCCUGUUUUCUCCACGAUAUAAGUUUGUCCCCAACUUCAAGUGUGACAACCAGAAUAAUCUGGUAGCUAUCAUCGGAGGAUAUGUUUCUAGAAUCUCUGCCAAUAUGGCCAUCAUUUCAGCAAUCCACAAGACACCACAGCUCGCUUAUGGAUCAUUUUUGCCACUACAUGGUGAAGAAAUGCAGUUUCCAUGUUUGUACCAGAUGGUCCCAAAGGCAGCCAAACAGCUCAUAGGAGUUGUGCAGUUGCUUCAGCGUUUUGGAUGGACAUGGAUUGGGCUGUUGGCUAUUGAUGAUGACAGAGGGGAGAGAUUUUUCCAGACAAUGAUGCCAAUGCUUACCCAGAAUGGCAUCUGUUAUUCCUUCAUAAUAAAAAUUCCAAAACAGAGUAGUGUGGAUGAGAUGAUAGACUUUGGUUUACAAAAUUUGGAAAGUAAAGUGUGGAUUAUUACUUCCCACUGGGAUUUUGCUUCACUGUCUGUUCAGAAGAUUUUUGAUAUACAAACCUUUUAUGGUUCCAUAUCCUUCACAGUUCAGGCAAAUCAGCCUGUGGGAUUCCAGAAGUUCAUUCAGAUGAUACAACCUUCCUGGGUUGAAGGUGAUGGCUUUAUCCAGGAUUUCUGGGAACAGGCAUUCAGCUGUUCAUUAAAAGGGACUAAAGGGGAGGAGGAUGAGAAAUCCUGCAUUGGGGACGAGAAACUAGAGAGUAUUCCUGGUGUUCUGUUCGAAAUGAAGAUGACUGGCCAUAGCUAUAAUGUCUACAAUGCUGCCUAUGCUGUGGCACAUGCUCUUCAUGCCAUAUACAAAUCCAAUUCCAGACACAGAGGAAUGAAAGAGGGAGAGAGACUGGCAAAUUGGAAUGUGCAACCAUGGCAGGUACAUGCAUUUUUAAAGAACAUCUUAUUUAAUAACAGUGCUGGAGACACUGUGCAGUUUGAUGACAAUAGAGAAUUAAUUGCAGGUUUUGAUGUUACAAACUGGAUGAUGUUCCCGAAUGGUUCAGUGGUUAGAGUAAAAAUUGGAAGACUGGAACCUGAGGCUCCUUCAGGCAAAGAACUAACCAUUCAUGAAGACCUAAUUGUUUGGCAUCCAAGCUUUAAUCAGGUCCUGCCUCUCUCUGUGUGCAAUGACUACUGCUAUCCUGGCUACAGUAGGAAAAAGAAGGAGGGAGAGAUGUUUUGCUGCUAUGGCUGUGCUCCAUGUGCAGAAGGGAUGAUAUCUGACCAGAAAGAUAUGGAUGCCUGUGGCGAAUGUCCAGAAGACCAAUAUCCAAAUGAGGACCAAACUCAAUGCAUUGCAAAGGUUCUCACCUAUCUCUCUUAUGAAUCAGAUUUAGGGGUCAUCUUAGCUAGCUUGACUAUUUCUUUCUCUUUGCUCACAAUUUUAGUACUUGAAAUUUUUGUGAAGCACAACAACCUGACCCUCACCUACAUCCUUCUCAUCUCCAUCCUGCUGUGCUUCCUAUCCUCUUUUGUCUUCAUUGGACAGCCUGGCAAGGCAAUCUGCCUUCUCCGACAAACAGCUUUUGGCAUUAUCUUCUCUGUGGCCCUUUCCUCUGUGUUGGCAAAAACCAUCACUGUUGUUCUGGCAUUUAUGGUGACAAAAUCAGGAUCCAGGAUGAGUAAGUGGAUGGGCAAAAGAAUGGCAAAUUCAAUUGUUCUUUCCUGCUCCCUUAUACAAGUUGGCAUUUGUACUCUUUGGUUAAGUUCUUUCCCUCCAUUCCCAGAUAGGGACAUACAAUCAGUGAAUGGGGAAAUAAUACUAAAAUGUAAUCAGGGUUCAGCUAUCAUGUUUUAUUGUGUCUUGGGCUAUUUGGGUUCCCUGGCCGUUGUUAGCUUCAUAGUGGCUUUCCUAGCCAGGAAAUUGCCUAACAGUUUCAAUGAGACCAAAUUUAUCACUUUCAGCAUGUUGGUGUUUUGCAGUGUUUGGUUGUCCUUUGUUCCAACCUACCUGAGCACAAAAGGAAAAUACAUGGUAGCUGUGGAGAUCUUCUCCAUUUUAGCAUCUAGUUCUGGGUUACUGUGUUGCAUUUCCCCCCCUAAAUGUUACAUUAUUCUU